GAAAUCUUAAAGCCAACAGCAUUAUCACAGCAAGCUCGAUCUCACUGCUGGACCCGAUCCUCACUGCAGAAGUUCGUUUGUCUGUGAAAAACACCUGAGCUGUAUGAACAUGAGGAUGUCUGUGGUCAGUCUGAUGUUCCUGCUGACAGUUUCUUCGUGUGAAAUGAGCACUGGUCAGAACAGGACUCUGGACAUGGCUGACAACUCUGUGGACGACUCUUUUAAAGGUUGCACAAAAAAAAUGUAUGACUUAGUCAUAAAUAGGUACAGUAAAAACGAACAUGGUUGUGAAGCUGCCUGGAAUGAGGCACUUAACAAGAGUAUCAAAGGCAGGCUGGGAGUAAACCAGUCUGCUGCCAUCUAUCUGUACACACUAGACAAAUCCAUUUACCCACAGUGCUCACAUGUCAAGCUCAAUGAUGCUUGUCGUGACGGAAGGCGGGCGUAUGUGUCGGGUACGUUUCAGUUUUACACCCUGUAUUACUUUUUGACUGAUGCCGUUCAAACUCUGAAAAGACAGUUCACUCAACGUUGGUGGUGUGUGACUGUUUAUCGCAGAACCAAAGAUACAUACAUAAAUGUUAACGUCAAUGAUAAAAUUCGAUUUGGAAGUUUCCUCUCCACCUCUUUAAAACAUGAUCUUAUUCAAUUUGGUAGCGUUUCCUGUUUCCAAAUUAAAACUUGUUCAGGAGCUAAACUGGGAAAAUACUCUACAGUGAAACAUGAGAAAGAGGUGCUGAUUCCUCCAUACGAGAUCUUUCGUGUGACUGCAGUCUACACAAACGGACAGAAACAUAAAAUGAAGUGUAAUGUGGUUUAUAAGCUCAAAAGUAUUGGUAAGAAAAGCAACCUCCGAUGCAGUAAAACCAAAACACUAAGAAAACAAAACUUUAAGAACAAAGCUCUGGUGUUGGAUCAUUUCAAGUAGUGGAAGCCUUCAUUAGCACUGUUCUGCUGGUUAUGAGUCUCCUACGCAUUCCAUAACACAGGGGUCUGCAAUAGGUGACCCGUGGGCCAGAUGUGGCCCCCAAGCAUGAAACAUCUGGCCUGUGAGGUUGUUUGAACUUUAAUGAACUAUAAUGAAAGAAAAAAUAUAAUAAAAUGCUUCUCUGAUGAGCUUUUGUUUACAUGCCUCCCCUGUCUCUCUGUCGCACUCAACUCGACUUUAGUUUCCGCCUGUUCUUGUUUUCCCGCUCAUUCUUGGGCUCCAUCCCAUUACAUUCAUUUUAGAGUUAUUCCACCAAAUAUUGUUUUUUGAUCUCUUGAAAAAAACUCCUAAAACUUUAUGAAUAUAAACUUGUUUUCUUUGCAUUAUUUGUGGU